GAGGACGCCAAUGGCCAUUAUCUCCUGAUGGAUCUUCCUGACUUCCAAAAGGAACAGGUGAAGCUCCAUGCUGACCCUUCUGGCAGUAUAAUGGUUAGCGGAGAAAGACUGACGAAUGAUAAAAGUAGAAUAAUACGCUUCGAGCAGACCUUUAAACUGCCACCAAAUUCAGAUAUCGAUCAGAUCACCGGAAAAUUUGACGGUGAGAUUCUCUAUGUAACUGUGCCAAAACUAGUCGAAGCAGAGAAGCAGCAGGAAGUUCCCGAGAGAGAAACCGAAAACAUGAGCAGCAGCAGCAAUAUUACGGAAGAAAUCAAAGAGGAAAGCAGUCAUCAUCAUCAUCACAAUGAUGAAAAUGUAAACCGCGGUCAUGCAGAAGUGCAUGGCAAAGAAGAACAUGAGCGCCAGUCUGACAAGAAACAAAUGUGUUCCUCCCGGGUUGAUAGUUUCCAUAAAGAGGACGUAGAGAAGUGGGCAAAACAGCCGAGUCAGUUGGAUUGGGCUAUGAAGAUACUAAGGAAAAACAAGGGAAUUGUUGUUACGGCCGUGAUAGCGUUCUCACUGGGGGUUUACGUUUCUCGCAAGUUCGGACCUGCUGCUGCGGUACUCGAGGCUGCGCCAUUUGAUUAAUUAGUUUGCACGAUUGUCCACCAGUAAUGCUAAACGAUUACAAAAUUAUGUUGACCAUCUACCGUUGUAUAUAGAAUAAUAUUAGACAAAUUCCUUGUGUGAAAUUGCAAAUAAUAAAUUAUCCAUU